AUGCGGUCAACCUCGAUGCACCGCUCUGGCGGUUCUGAUACAAGGACUAUCAGGGUCACUUUGUCUUUCUGCCCCCAUCCAUAUACCCUUGGUAUACCCCUCGACGACCGAGUCAUCCCCCCACUACUUCUAUUUUCUUUGACGCCUUAUCCUCACGCCACACCUGAACGAAGUCACAGUUCCUCGUUCACACCACUCGACCUUCAAACCAACUACACUAUGUGUCGACGAAUCGCUGAAGGUACUCGAUGGAAGAAGUGUGGGCACUUCCAACGUCAUCUUGUCGUUGCCAUCAUGGACUGUAAUUCAAGUCAUUGCGAACGCAGCAUCCUGCAUUCAAAAUCCUGCAGAGAUCCUGGUUGUCUCAAGAACUUUGGUCCCGAUAUUCAAAAAGACGUCGACAAGGUCAACGACGACUGCUUUCAGUGUCGCACAGCGGCAGCGCGCGGUAGGCCGCCACCGCCACCCAACUGA